AUGGACGCCAUCAAACUAGCGAUCGUCAUGAAAGUUAUCGGCCGGACGGGCUCUCGUGGCCAGGUGACACAAGUUCGUGUUAAGUUUUUAGACGACCAGAACAGACAGAUCAUGCGGAACGUGAAGGGACCUGUGAGAGAGGGAGAUAUCUUGACAUUGAUGGAGUCCGAACGUGAGGCUCGUCGUCUGCGUUAG